AUUAUCCCCGGCGUCGCCGUCUUGGUGUCGUGGUUGUCGUCUUUUCCAUACCCAGCGGCCCCCGGAUAUUCCGCGCAAGCUCCGGCCGUUAUUAUUGAUCGAAACAUUUCGUCCGAUGGUCGCCUCAGGAUACCACGAACGGUCCGCGCACACCGUAAAUAUUCGUUCAGUGCGUCGUGGCCGAGUGACUUACGCGGAUAAAAGCGUAUCCAAAUAGACGGGGGAUAAACGUGGCCGAACAUGGUCGGAGGAGUGACGGAAGACGGACCUGUGAUUCGACCCGUCGAUUUCGUGUCGACGACGACCAUAGUCGCACUAUGUAUAGGCGCCGUUUUCCUACUUUGCGCCGUCGCGAUGACCUGGUGGCUUUGUCGACGACGUCGCGAGCACACCAAACUGAAUUCCGACAAGUCCCUGGCGUUCAGGCCACCCCACAGGAAACCGACGGCGGGCACCAGCCACUACCUGAAGAAGAGUCCAAGCCCGACGGGACCCGCGAAAAGUCCUCCAGGUUCCGGUGGACAAACACCAAGCCCUACCGGGUCUCAGUCGUCGAAUCCUGGUUCACAACCUAGAACACCACAGGGUACAGGUACACCUGCCCAGACACCUUCCGGCGAGGUAACAUUGAGUAUCGAGAAUGAACAACGGGAUAAGGCUGAAAUCGAGAACAAUGAGAAAACGGAACGCGAGAAGAAUCACGCGACAGAGAAUAACAAAGACAACCUCGGUCAGCUGAUGUUCAAACUGCGAUACGUAAGCGAACAAAAUGCUCUCGGGGUGACGGUGGUGAAUUGCAAGGGGUUACCCGCGAGGGAACAAAAUGCCACCAGCGAUCCUUACGUGAAAUUGAAACUGUUGCCUGAUAAGCAGCAUCAGGCGAAAACCAGAGUGCUCAGAAACACCAGAGAUCCUGUCUACGACGAGGACUUCACAUUCUUCGGGAUAUCGAAGGAUCAGCUUCAGAAAAUCAGUCUACACUUUAUAGUGCUUAGCUUCGAUAGAUAUUCUCGAGAUGAUAUUAUCGGUGAAUUGACAUGUGCACUUUCGACGGUGCCCGGCUUGGAGGAGGCCGAUAAUCAAGCGAUAUCGUUGUGCCGAAAAAUAUGUCCUAGAAGUCUGAAGAUUCAAUCACAGGGUAGGGGAGAGCUGCUCGUCUCCCUUUGUUGGCAACCAAUCAACAGCCGAUUGACGGUAGUUGUGCUGAAGGCGCAAAAUUUGCCCAAGAUGGACGUGACUGGGUUAGCGGAUCCAUAUGUCAAGAUCUAUCUUCUGUACAAUUCUCAACGCAUCGCAAAGAGGAAGACGCGCGUAAAGAAACGUACCCUUAGUCCGGUAUUCAACGAGUCUUUCGUAUUCGAUAUUCCGAAUGGUGCUGAUGGUCUUAACAAUGUCAGCCUCGAGUUUAUGUUGAUCGAUUGGGAUCGCGUUACAAGAAACGAGGUUAUUGGACGACUUGAAUUCGGUGGGCCAGAAUGUCAAGGAUCCGCUUUGAAUCAUUGGAGAGAAGUUUGUAGCUCGCCACAGAGGCAGAUCGCUGAUUGGCACAAAUUAAGGGAGUAAAUAAAUCUCUCCCGGCUCUAUCAAUUUUCCUGGAAUCCCAUCUCCAACUAUCCAAAAAGCCCCACGUCCUUCUCUAUUGUAAAACCACCAAUCCAACCCCUUGAAACCCUACGAUGAAGUAGGGUAUCUGUUUUGUAAACCUAAUACUCGAUGUAUAUUAGGCUUGAAGCGAGUGGCGGCACGUCCACCCGCGAUCGAUGCAACUGCGGAUGCACCACAUGAAACAUCUAAUCGUUACGUGUCGGCAUGAAGCGAGUACGAAGAGUAACUUCUGAUCGCACGAUAAUUUCCGAAUACAACCAGGCAUCGAUUCGAUAACGAAACUGCACUUGCUUCUCUCGAUUUAGAUACCGAGGAAAUCGAUAUUAUCAACUGAUAUUUUUCUUUAAUAUUUUUCUUGAUUCGAGUUAUUUCUAUAAAUAUAAAUUUUCAUUUAAUAAAAAAAAUGAUUCGUUUAAUAAA